AUGGCGAAUCGUCCUUAUCGUAUCAGUUCUGGUUAUGGCUCCAAAAAUUUCAGCUCCUGUUCUGCCGUGAUGCCCAAGCCUGGAGCUCAUAGCUGUGCCAGUGCCACGGUCUAUCAUGGGGGCAGUCCUGGGGGGCUGAGCUACCGGCGCCUUGGGGGCUUUGGCAGUCGAAGCCUGUGUACCUUGGGGUCCCCGAGGAUCUCCGUGAGUGGUGAGCGGCCCCUUCGAAGUGGAGGCAGCUUUGGAUACCGGGUAGGAGGUCUUUGUGGGCCUGGUUUCCCCUGCAUCACCACUGUAACGGUCAAUGAGAGCCUGCUGGCACCACUCAACCUGGAGAUUGACCCCAAAGCACAGUGCGUGAAACAGGAGGAGAAAGAGCAGAUCAAGAGCCUCAACAACAAGUUUGCUGCCUUCAUCGACAAGGUGCGAUUCCUGGAGCAGCAGAACAAGCUGCUGGAGACCAAGUGGCAGUUCUACCAGAACAAACGUUGCUGCGAGAGCAACCUGGAGCCCACGUUCACUGGCUACAUUGAGGCCCUCAGGCGGGAAGCUGAAUGCUUGGAGGCUGACAGUGGGAGGCUGGCCUCAGAGCUCAACCAUGUUCAGGAGGUGCUGGAAGGCUACAAGAAGAGGUAUGAGGAUGAGGUGGGCCUCAGAGCCACGGCUGAGAAUGAGUUUGUAGUGCUAAAAAAGGACAUAGACUGCGCCUACCUUCGUAAGGCUGACCUAGAGGCCAAUGUGGAGGCCCUGAAGGAGGAGAAGGGCUUCCUGCAGUCCCUCUAUGAGGAGGAAAUCCAGCUCCUUCAGUCCCAGAUCUCAGACACCUCAGUGGUGGUCAGAAUGGACAACAGCCGGGACCUCAACAUGGACUCCAUUGUGGCUGAGAUCAAGGCACAGUACGAUGAAAUCGCCAGUCGCAGCCGGGCUGAAGCUGAGUCCUGGUACCAAACCAAGUGUGAGGAGAUGAAGACCACCGUGACUCAGCAGGGCGAGAAUCUCCGCAGGACAAAGGAGGAUAUCAACGAGCUGAACCGUUUGAUCCAGAGGCUAACAGCCGAGGUGGAGAAUGCCAAGCAGCAGCGCCGCAAGCUUGAAGCAGCUGUGGCGGAGGCAGAGCAGCAGGGUGAAUUGGCCCUCAGUGAUGCCCGCUGCAAGCUGGCUGGCUUGGAGGAGGCUCUGCAGAAGGCCAAGCAGGACAUGGCAUGCCUGCUCAAGGAGUACCAGGAGGUGAUGAACUCCAAACUGGGCCUGGACGUAGAAAUUGCCACCUACCGCAAAUUGCUGGAAGGCGAGGAGAGCCGGUGA